AUGAAGGAAAUGAUAAACUCUGACAAACUGGAAGCUGCUUGUAAGAACCCAAAAUUUUACACCACAAUUCAUUUUUUUGAUAAAUUCUGAUGUAAAUUUAGUAAUUGUUUUUAGGGCCACAAUUAAAAAUAUUUAAGAACUUAUCCUUGGAAAUGCAAUAAUUACUGAAAACUUUGAGGUUAGUACUCUCCUAAAAGAAGGAAAGAAUAUGGGAACAACAUUAAGAUAGACAAAAGAUAAUAAUAUUUUUGGACUUUGAUGAAUUAUUAUUUUUUUAUAUGUUUUAUCUCUCUAAAAGAGUAAAUAAUAAUUAUAAUAUUUCUGAAUUAUAAUUAGACGACGAAUAUAAGCACAGGAAAAUAAUUUUUUAAUCAAAAAUUCUAAGUUCUAUCUCUCAAUUUGAUCUUAUUAAUUAUUAAUUAAUCUAAUUACGAAUUAAUUAUUAAUAGUUAAAAGUAAUUUUGUAAUCACAAUAUAUAACCAACUCUCCUCUAAAUUGA